CCUUCUCAAUAAAGCGUCAUUGGCUGAGACUUUAUAAGCCUGCAUACAACUUAUUCAUACAGUGACGAGUCUCUCCUUUAUCGCACCAGGGCGACAUAAUGAAGUUCACGCUAGCACUAUCCGUUCUUCUUGGUGUCGUUGCCUGCAUUUAUGCUAAAGGCUAUGGCGGCUUUGGUGCUGGUUAUGGCGGCUAUCAACAGUUUGCAUACAGAGCACCACAAAUGUACUACCAAGUCCGACAACAACCUGUUGUUUACGGACCAGCCUACGGCGGCGGUGGCUUGGGAUCGGGAGGAUCUAACUCCGGGAACCUGUUCGGAGGCGGCGGCUACGGCGCCGGAAUAGGAGGAGGAUCAAAUCUGGGAGCCAUUGUUCCAAUCAUUAUCAUCUUUGUUUUGUUGGCUAUUUUCGCCCCCUUGUUGAUUGCUUCACUGGCUUCAAGUAACGAGGCUUUUUUUGACUCUGUUAGUAGAUAAAGAAUAAAAGGAACAAUAGGGAAAGGGUUUAUGUUGACUGCCUGUAUCAAUUAAAGCAAUUCACAAUAUUAAAGCCAUUUUAUCACUCUUUGACCUGUACAGUAAUACUGCUUUGUUAGUUUAUUUUUCAUAAAAGAAUAUGAGUACA